ACCAGCUGUGGAUGCGCAUCCCCUCCCCUUGGAAGUCAGACUCCAGCGGCAUAGUGGGGCCGGCUCACACGGCGGGCGCCUGCCAACCUCACCCGUGCCUGGUGCCCAGGUCCCAGCCACAGCCCAACCAGGCUCCUGUCGCCGACAGGCAACCUCCUACCCGCAACUUUCUUCUUCAGUUUAGCUACUGGUGCAGAACAGCGACACCUCCCCCUUCCCCCCAGGAGAUCGGCACGGGUUGCUGCUUUGUGUGCAUGGGAGCUGCCAGCCACCUGGACACGGCGCGGCUGCUGCAGCGGGGCGCUUAACUGCAUCCCUGCUUCCUCGCACCAUGAACCUCCCGGUGAUUCCCACUGGCCGGAGAGCUGCUCUUCUGCCGCUUUGUCUGCUCUUCCUAAAGACCUGGGUGCCAGUGCACAGCUACCUCUACAACAACCGCUAUGCCGGUGAUAAAGUAAUACGGCUUGUUCCGGAGAGCGAGAGAGAAGCACAAGCACUGAAUGCCAUAUUUCACCAGCUUACGGUGGACCUGUGGCAGCCCAGCAGCAUCUUCCACAUCUCAGAGGGUACAGUCACAGAUGUACAUGUUCCAGGGAACAGUUCACAAAUUCUGCUAUCCUACCUGCAACAAGCAAACAUCAAAUACACGAUCAUCAUAUCGGAUCUACAGAAAGUGAUAGAAAAACAAAGUGGUUUGCGAUCAUGUAGGAAUCGUAGAUCAGUACUAGGAUACAACUAUGAAGUGUACCACUCACUGGAAGAAAUUCAAAGUUGGAUGUAUCGUCUGAACAAAACCCAUUCAGAUCUCAUUCAUAUGUUCUCUGUUGGAAAAUCAUAUGAAGGGAGACCUCUGUUUGUACUAAAGUUAGGUAAAAGAUCACGGCCUUACAAGAGAGCUGUCUGGAUAGACUGUGGCAUUCAUGCAAGAGAAUGGAUUGGUCCUGCCUUCUGCCAAUGGUUUGUAAAAGAAGCUCUUCAGACAUAUCAGAGUGAUCCCGCCAUGAGAAGGAUGCUAAAUCAGCUGUAUUUCUACAUCAUGCCAGUAUUUAAUGUGGAUGGAUACCAUUUUAGCUGGACCAAUGAUCGAUUUUGGAGAAAAACAAGGUCAAAGAACUCACAGUUUCGUUGCCAUGGUGUAGAUGCUAAUCGUAACUGGAAAGUGAAAUGGUGUGAUGAGGGGGCUUCCUUUCACCCAUGUGAUGAUACGUACUGUGGUCCCUUUCCCGAGUCUGAGCCUGAAGUAAAGGCUGUAGCUCACUUUCUUCGCAAACGCCGGAAACAAAUAAAAGCCUAUCUGUCUUUUCAUGCAUAUGCUCAGAUGUUGCUCUAUCCAUACUCUUACAAGUAUGCAACAAUUCCAAAUUUCAGCUGUGUGGAAUCUGCAGCUUAUAAUGCUGUUAAUGCUCUUCAGUCCGCUUAUGGUAUAAGAUACAGAUAUGGCCCUGCUUCUAGCACUUUGUAUGUGAGCUCUGGUAGUUCUAUGGACUGGGCCUACAAAAAUGGCAUCCCCUAUGCAUUUGCAUUUGAGCUGCGUGACACUGGCCAUUUUGGAUUUUUACUUCCUGAGACUCUGAUCAAACCCACUUGUACAGAGACCAUGCUAGCAGUUAAAAAUAUAACUAUGCAUUUGCUAAAGAAGUGUCAUUGAGAGUUAUAUUUGGGAUCCAGAACUUUAGCUAAUGUUUUACUUCAGGUGUUUAUUAAAUAGACACUGUCAAGUCAUUGCAAUUCUAAAUCUGACAUUUUAAAACUGUAACGCACAGUAGAAAAUGUGGUAAUUAUUCUACCUUGGAGGGUUGGGAGGUGAAAAUCCUUUCACUUCUACACUGCAAAAGUCCUACUAAGUAAAUAUAUCACAUCAGUGAUUUGUUCACAACUAAAUACUCUGUCCUUAUUAGGGAUGAAUACUAAGGUCUUGAUUCUAGACCAUUGAAAUAGUGAAAUUUUUGCCACUGACUUCAGUUGGAGAAAGAUCUAGUCCCAAAUACAGUUUUGGAGCCAAAUUCUGGCAGGUUCCCCACACUGCAGACUGCAAGGAAACCCACACCCAGAACUACAGGGCACAAUCGGCUACCCAAUUCCUUCCAUUCUCCCAUAAAUCACAGCAUCUGCAGGAGCCACAAAGGAACAUUCCAGAGUGGGGUCAUUAGAUCAGUAUAGUUCACAUGUUCAUGCACUUAUGUCCCCUAACCCAGCAUUGGCCCUUCUACAUAACGCCCUGUACUCCUAGUAGGAAUAAUGUAUAUGUGGUCCAUGGUUGCUGCUGGCCAGACUACAGGCAGGAAACAGUAUGAUUUUUUCACCAUGUGUCUGCACUUUAGAGGCCAUUUCUUUCACAUAGUGCCAGAAUUUGACUCCUAGUUUUCUUUUAAAUAUUCAGAGUUAGAUAUUUUUAAAUAGAGACCAGCAUAUUAUCAUGCAUAAAUAUAAAUUUUAAAAGUUGUGUUCCCUGUAAUAAAGAAUUAUAAUAGAACAAUUAAUAGAUAUAAUAUUCUACUGUAUGGAUGUAUAACAACAAAAUAAUUUGCAGUGACUAUGGACUUGGACAAGAUCAUCAGCUUCUGUACAUAGCUGUGGGCAAUGAAGUUACACCAUUUUGCACCAGCUGAGGAUUUGGCCCUUGAACAACAACAAAUCGGAGUUCUUAUUUCUAGGUACUUACAGUGAGUGCUCUGUGGCUACAUGGCUAUUCAAGGUUUUCACAUGUUUUAAAGACAUUGAUAAUGGAUUUUUAACUGAAUGGGACCUAAAAUGUGGAAGCUUUGCAGCUGACAGGUUUCUAGUGAAGAAACACAGUAUUUGAAAGAACAAUGCUGAAAGCACAGAGGUUUUUUUGGUAUUUUCAGAAUAAUAUUUUUGUUGCUAGAUCUUUAACAUUUUAUAUGUUUUAAUAUUUUGGUUUUGAAUUUAAAUUUGUCAUAAAGUGUUAAAUAAAUCACAUUUGUUAAUAAAAAUCUACAGACAUAUGAAGCAUUUUUUCCAUGUGCCUCCCCAACCCCUCUUUGUAAUGUCAUCCCUUGAUCUAUCACAUUUAGUUAUUAAACUCCUUGGAGCAGAGAAAGUCA